CAUUACCGACAAACUCUCACGCGUGUGCAGUGCAGUGUUAAAAAAAAAUCAAAAUAUUAUUAUUUUUUUCUAAUAAUUAAUGAACAAUUAAUUAAAUAGUAAUCAAAAGUGUGUUCUGUUAAUAUUUAUUGAUAUUUAAAAUCAGUAAUUGAUUAUUUCACGUGUUGAUCAUCAAUCGAAAGAUGACGAGAAGUAAAAAAAAAAAAUUAAUUGCGAAUGUAAAAAAUGUUGAUGAUGAUGAUGUUAAAGAAGAAGAAGAAAAACCGAUUCCAGGGUUGCCGGAAAAAUAUUUACGAAUGCAAGUUAAUGCUGGCACUAAAUUACGAAAUGUUUUAAAGUAUGCGAUAAAACAUUUUGAUGAAUUUAAUAGUGUUUUAUGGACUGGUACUGGAAAAGGAAUUGAAAAAACAGUAACGUGUGUUGAAAUAUUCAAAAGACAAAAAACGGGAUUACAUCAAAUAAAUAAAAUACGUUAUGUUAAGUCUAAGACGGAUGAUAAAAUAAAAUUAGUACCUGAGAUAAAUAUAUUUUUAUCAAAAGAUGCAUUAAAUACUUCGGAACUUGGUUACCAAGCGCCAGGAGACAUAGGGAUGUUUGAGGAUUCAAAUAUAGUUCAGAGUCAAGGAAGUAAAAGUAGAAUGUCAGAGGAUGCUAUGAAGGAAUUUGCGGAAAUGGGUUUGAGAACGGGUCAAAAGAGGUCAAGGAAAAAGACAAAUAAUGAUGGCCCUAUUAAGAAGGGGAAAAAGGCGUGAAUAAAAUUUUAUUAACAAGUAAAUAAAUAGAACUUUUUUUUUUUAUUGCUCGCACGUGAGUAAUUAAAAACAAAUUUUUAUUCCAAUAAUUAUAUUUUUUAUUUAUUUUUAUUUUAUUUACCAAUGAAAAAAAUGUGGAAAUUUUAUAUGUUUAUUGUAAGAACAGAAGCGAAAAAUUAUACUGAGUACAAUUUUUAUCAGAUGUUUGCUGAAUUAGCAACCGUCCGCAAUUUACUUUUAAUGUUCGUUGGUAGUCAGCAAUUUUUAUUUAAAAAAAUCUACAAACAUUCAAUGCAACUAAAAAUAAUUAAAUUAAAGAAUAAAAAUAUAUUUAGAUAUUUAUCGUAAUUUUAAUUUAAAAAAUCUGAGAUAGUUGAGAAAAUAUUUAAAUCAGAGCCGAGUAACGUCACGCUCACCAGUUUGUUAUAUUUAAUUAAAUUUUAAUGCUUUUAUAUAAAUAUAUUUUUAUGAAAAAAAAAAAUAUUGUCGACAUUCUGGGUCGUGUUUGGAAUCUCCGGAUUUCCUGAAGUCUAAUAAUAGAAUACAAUUUUUAAAUGACGUAAUCGAGUCACUUUUUUAAAUUUUAAUUUUCGCGCGAGAUAUUUAAAUUUCAAAGAUUUUUCUGAAGU